UCUGCUUCCCAAACUAAACCCACCAUCUCUCUCUUUCUUCCAUUUAAAACCCUCGAGUUAACACAAGUUUCCACUAAAACACUCAAACUUUGUGGAUCAAACCACACCUUCUCCAAGAUUUGGCUCAGCUCCAUAUCUGCAUGCAGGGAUUGUGAAUGAACAACAACAUCAACAACAUCAAAUGGAUCAGACACAGAUUUGGUUUCCUCAAAAUCAUCAAAACUUUCUGUCUGAUGAUGAUGACACUCUAAUGUUCUACUCUGAUUUCCCUCCGCUGUCGGAUUUCCCUUGCAUGUCGUCGUCAUCGUCGUCGUCGUCGUCGUCGUUGACUCCGGCUCCGGUCAAGGCUACAGCUUCGUCGCCGUCGACCUCCUCUUCCUCAACCACUUCAUGGGCAAUUUUGAAAUCCGAUGCUGAGGAACCCAUUGAAGAAAUCAGAGUAAAUGAUAAUAAUAAUUCCACCUCCGUUGCCGCCGCCAUGUCAUCGCCGCCGCCGCCGGCGGAGACAGAGUUCAACGACGUUGAUUGUACGGACGACAUGAUGAUGAUGGACACAUUUGGAUACAUGAAUUUACUCGAAGACAGCAAUGAGUUUUUUGAUCCGACGUGUAUUUUUCAAAAUGAAGAACAAAAAGACCCUUUAGAGGAUUUGCAAUUGGAGAGCUUUGAAGAAGUGGUAAUGGAGGAUUUGAUGAUGAUGCAUGAAGAAGGUGGGAAUAAAAUUGAUGAGCGGAAGCAAAACGGCGUCGUAGUGGAGGAGGAGGAGGAGGACAUGGCGAAGGUGUUUUUGGAGUGGUUGCGGAGUAAUAAAGAGACAGUUUCUGCUGAUGAUUUGAGAAAUGUUAGGAUUAAAAAAGCCACUAUUGACAGCGCCGCCCGCCGUCUCGGCGGCGGCAAGGAGGGAAUGAAGCAGCUUUUGAAGCUUGUUCUUCAAUGGGUUCAAACCAAUCAUCUUCACAAGAGGAAAUUCAAAGAUGAAGCGAAUUUCUUAGGGUUUCAAGCUCCGCUGCCCUCUCCGCCGGUGAUCGGUUAUGUCCCGGCUGGCGGCGGAGAUGCGUACGCCACCAGCCAUGGUUUUUCUGAUCAUUACCAAUUACUUGACUCCCCAUUUGGCCCGUGUUUCAAUUCAUUCAUUGACAAUUUUGCAGCGGGGCCGCCUCCGCUACCGCCGCAACCCCAUGGUUUCGCAGCCGGGUAUGGCGGUGGCCAUCAGUACCACCCUUACAUGGGUCAGUAUUUUCAAGGGCAGGGUGGUGGUGGUGAUACUAGUUUAGUUAGGCUGGAUUCCUCCGCCACAAAGGAGGCUCGGAAGAAGAGAAUGGCGAGGCAGCGGCGAUUUUCAGCUCACCACCGUCACGGUGGCCACCAGAAUCAGCAUCCGACUCAAAUGAAUACUAAUGCUUCAGAUCAUUGCACCAUGGCUACAACUGCUCAGCCCAAUUCUGCAAACUGGGUCUACUGGCCAUCCCCCACCGGUGCCGGUGCUGGUUGUCCGGUGGACUCGUCUCCUGUACAUUCUGUGGAUCGGCUUAAUCAGAACUUUCCACUGCCGAUCCCGACGCAUCGGCGACAGGGAUGGAAAUCAGAGAAGAAUUUGAGGUUUCUUUUACAGAAGGUGUUGAAGCAAAGCGAUGUGGGAAAUUUGGGGAGAAUUGUAUUGCCAAAGAAAGAAGCAGAAACUCAUCUCCCAGAAUUGGAGGCAAGAGAUGGCAUUUCCAUUGCCAUGGAAGAUAUUGGAACAUCCAAAGUUUGGAAUAUGCGUUAUAGGUAUUGGCCAAACAACAAAAGCCGAAUGUAUCUGCUUGAAAACACAGGGGACUUUGUGAGAGCCAAUGGCCUUCAAGAAGGAGACUUUAUUGUCAUCUACUCGGAUGUCAAGUGCGGGAAAUAUAUGAUUCGAGGAGUGAAAGUACGGCAACUGGGGUCGAAACCCGACAGCAAAAGGCCGGGAAAGUUGCAGAGAAAGGGCUCGACAUCUUCACCCAUGGCGGUCGCCACCUUGAAAAGGCAGUGAAGAAGUAAGAGAGAGAAAAAACCCACGUCUCUCUUCCCUCAAAAACAGCCAUUAACAACUGCAUGUUUCCAUCAGCUUGUCUGUUGAAGAUUGUAAAGGGCCAUUGACCACUGCAUGAAGAACACAGAUAAAAGCAAGCAUACGUAUAUAUAUAAAAGAGGGUGUUGCGUUAUUGAGAAGCUUUUUGAUUCCUCUCUUUCUAUGUCAGC